AUGGGGGAUAGCGAGAUGGGUGCCGAGGAUCGAGAAGCCGCGAUCCGAAAAUCGAGCGGCGCUGGCCACUUAGAGGCGAGAUGCGAUGCAGCUUCCCUGGCACGUUCCGAGCAAGGCGAUGUGGUGACAUCACCAGCACUGGCACAACAGGGCAGCAAACCGUUCCUGGUGGCCCCCUCUGGCGCGACUCCACUGGAUCCCACUUUGCGCAAUCCACUAAACCCACUCGAUUCCAACUCGGCGCUCGCUGAAAAUCCUGCUGCGCUCUCGCGCAAAGUUGAUGCUGACGACGGUCAGAAAAACCAAAACAGUCAAGCCCCGGUGCUUAUUAACGACGACCUGCAAUUUUUAACACCCACGACAACAUCCUCGCUUCUCUCGCCUCUAUUAACACCCACCGAGACCCGAUCUCUUGCCUUUUCCGACAACGCUAGUGUAUCCAAUUCGGACGAGAACAAUGACGCUGCUAUGGGUAAAAAUUCCACCCAGGCCGUUUCUGAUGCAUCCGGGCUCUGUGAAUUAGGGCAGGGCCGAGUCGAUGACGCCAGUGCCGGAUUUGAGAAUGGCCAGUGCUCCUGCACUUCUCACGUCCGAGUUGGUGGGGCGAGGCCCACGGGCAGCCACAUGGAUCAGUCAGCUGGUUUCACGUGCAAACAGGAGGACAUGCAGCAGUCAUCUAAUUUGCAGGCCCUCAAGUCACCGGACGUGCAGCAGGGCCACCACCAGCGUGGUGAUGGUUGUCAGCAGCGGGACUCGGCCACAGCAGCGCCAGCAAGACUCACACCAGCACAAUUAUUACCUGCCCAACACCAUGCAUUCACAGCCACAAAUUCUACGCACGCGGCGCACGCGGCGAGCGCGGCGACUCCAGACGAAAUUGCAAGGUUGCAUAGUAUUACUGGUGCUGAUAAGGGCAGGGGCACGGCUGCUGGUACCGUGGCCAUAGGCGCUGGCGCUGGCACUGACACCCGCACUAAUAAUUCGACCUGGAGCAUAAACGACGCCGCCAAUGGCGCCCAACCGUCUAAUAAUUCAGGCCCACUCGGUGCGACAUUGAUGAGCCAGACGAACACAACCGGGUCCUGCGAGCAGCAGCUCAAAGACGCAGUCGCCGACAACAACGCCACCACUUCUGCAACCCCUGGCGCGCUGAACCCCGCUAGACCCGGAAAUUCCAGCUCUGGCGCGCACAACCAACAAUAUACCCCUGAGGACGGACCUGAACACGAUGGCAAUCUCCACCCCACCCCCGACAUCAACCCCAAGACUGGGGCCUACUUGGGGAACAUUGCUCAGCUCGAGGCCACUGCCGAGCGACUUUCCACCGCUACCAGUUCCAUCGAGGACGCGAUCCGUGAUCUUCAUGCCGAAUUAAAACGAAGCGACAGCCAACGGUCCGCAGCCGCCCGCGCCCGUGCCGGCCAAAACCUCGAAUUUGAGGACGGCCAAGGAUUCGAAUACGUUGACCAGGAAGACGACGGGAAGCCCCAGCUCCGCCUUCGUCGCCCUGCCCUUCUUAGGCACCUAUCGGCUUCGGCCUCCAUCGCCUCGCUCAACAGCAUCUCGAGAGUCCCUCCAUACACCCCUAGCCGCACCCGCUCCAACGCGUCGCUUAAAAGCCUCUACGGUAUCGAAACCGCGGAGCCCUAUCUGUCACGGACGGGGCCCGGCAAGGGUUCCGUACGAAGCAUUCGGACUGGGAAGCUGUCUCUUGCCGAGAUUGUCGAGUCCGAGCCCAUUGCGUUGAGCCAGAACGCGCUCGAUAAUGCCGACCGCAACCCCUUCCCGGCCGAGGAGGACGAUGAUACGAUCCGGGGACAGGCCGCCUACGAUGACAUAACCCCUUUACCGGGCUCUGAUCUUCGCUUUGAUCCCGCGCAGUACCAUCAUGAUCAGCCUAGCGCCCCCGGACCCGCAUACCAUUCUCAUGACCAGCACCAUGAACACUACCAUCAGCACCUGCAGCACCUUCACGAGGAACCGCGUCCCCGGUCCUCCGGUUCUGGUACCAGCUCGAUGAAUGUAAGGAACGCUUUUGGCGAUUUCGACGGUGUACACUUUGAGCCCGAGCUUCAUUCCCCCUAUCGUGAUGCAACCACCGGCCCCACAGCCCCCAUCUCCCCGCCCCGCGCCGUUCGCUCCCCGACGAGCCCCUCCAUGGCGCGGCCGACAUCCUACAUGGACCCUCAAACUGGCCAAGAGAUGCUUUAUUAUCCCGCCCGUGUCCCCGCGAUGCUCAACCUCCCACCCAAACUGUCGCGAAAGCCAAAGUCGGCCGCGCGCAAUGCUAGGCAGUCGGAGCUUCUGAGCGCCAUGCCCGAGAUAUCGAGGAAGUCUGCUGCUUGGUUGCCAGAUCCCCUCGAGGGACAUGCAAACAAGACUGCUUCCUGGCUGCCGGACCCUCUCGAGGGGCAUGCAAACGCGGCCUUUUCUCCGCCCCUGUCCCCGGAUGCGUCGACCGGCGACACGCCCGGCGCUCUGCCGCCUCCGGAAAGCCCCUUUGCGGCCACCGGCUUGCCAACCCCUGCGUUUUCGGCGCCCGAAAUCCACGUUACUGAGAUGGGCGGUUUCGAGCCACGCUACGGUGAUGAGUAUCCUGGCGUCACGCCCAACAUUCUGCCCGCUCCCGCUGAUGGUGACGACGAGGUGAAGCCCGCUGUGCCGAGACCACGCAAGGGCCGAGAUGCCACAGAUGCUGAGGCGACCAAGUCCCGGCUCAGCAAACUGCCUCCACAGCUACGGGCCAGCGUCUUCUUUGACUUACCUUCGACUUCUGCCAAGCUCAAGGUCAAGGAUGGCUCGGCAAGCGCCACCCUCGAUCACCUACUCAACGCCUCGGCCAACGCACCAGUGAGCGCGUUUACGGAUCACCUGAUUGUCGGAAAGCUCGGUUCUGAGGUAUAUGGCCCGGAGAAGAAGAGGAAGUCGGGCAUGCCCAAGACCUCUUCCGACUCGGAUCCCAAGAAGCGCAACACCUACCUCCGUGACCAGAAGAGCGCAGACACCCUCAACCCCGAUAGCCGCUCGAGUGUCCUAAGCCCCGGAUCGGGUUCGCACCACGGCUCGAGCACGCUCGAUGGCGCCGAUGACGAGCCCCUCCCUCCAGGUGCCGUAGGCUAUGCUACCCUCAGCCCUGACACGGACGAAUUCGACCCGAUUGACCGGAGGUCCAACGACAGCCGAGAGAGGGGCGAGGGUGGGGAGGAAGGAGAGGAGGAAGAGGAAGAGGAAUACGAUGAACUGUAUCACGGUCCCCCUACCACCCUCCUCGCCGAGCUGCAGAUUCGGAAGCAGCAGCAGAAGAACCGUACCCGGCUGCUGGCCAACCCCAACGGCAUGCAUUCGACGCUCCUCGAAAUGGACGCGGUGGCUGAGGCCCAGCGCCGCAACCGCAAGGACAGGAGGGUGAACCUUGCCUGGGAGGAUCCCGUCCAGGAUGGCGUCCUCGAGGAUGACGACGAGGACGUGCCUCUAGGCGUCCUCUAUGCUGCCAAAGCCACCGGGGCCAAUAACCUAGCGGCGGCGGCGGCGGAGCUCGACCGCCCUCUUGGCCUCAUGGAGCGUCGCGAACUUGAAGAGAAUGAACCUCUGAGUCAGCAUGAGCAUGAUGGCCCCCAUGGCCGGCCCCUAGCCGAGGAGCAAGAAGUAAUAAAGAAGAGGGGACAGCGCCCUCCCCGCGCGCGACCCGUCAGCACCGCGUUCACGUCUGAGCUCCUUGGACAAUUUGUCCCUCCCGAGGAGGAGGUAAAGGAAGAAGCGGUCAAGCCCGUUGGUGAAGAGGAGGAGACCCUCGGCCAACGCCGCCGCCGCCUUCAAGCGGAGCGUGAGGCGCGAGCUGCGGAGAUGGGCAUCCCCGGCGUGCGCACAGUGGGCGGCGCCCCUCCCGGCCACCGCCUAAGCAUGGCGGGCAUCCUCUCGGCCCACCCUAGGAACGACACAUCCCUCCAGGACGCAGAGCGGCGCAGCCAUGAGGUCGCAGAUGCCGACAACGCUCCUCACGCCCAGCGGGGCAACAGCACGGGCGGGUUCCGCAACGGUCAGUUCAACGACGGCACGGGCGGAUUCGGAACACGCCGGGUGCCGAGCCAGGGCAAUCUGAGCGCCGAAUUCGCUUCGGACUCGUGGAACCGCUCGAGUGUCGCCUUUAACAGCGGUGGCAUGAUUCAACAGGCGGGCAUGACGUCGAUGAAGAACACGUACGGCCCAGCCCCAGGAGCUGCACCAGGCUGGUACGGCGGCCAGGCGCCCAUGUAUAUGGGUGGGCCGAUGCAGAUGGGAGGAGGCAUGCCUGGUAUGAACGCGCCUAAUAUGGGCAUGCAGAUGCCGAUGCAGAUGCAGAUGCCCAUGUCGGCGCCCAUGCCUAUGUCGGCGCCUAUGCAGAUGCCUAUGCAAAUGCAGAUGGGCCAGCAACCGAUGGCGUCGCCCAUGGGCAUGCCAGGAGCCCUGGGCAUGGGUGGGGGUUAUCAGGCGAACCCGCAGGGUCAGACUGACAUGGUUGAUCGGUGGAGGCACGGGGUGAUGUGA